AAACGAAUGUGACUGACUGAGCUGUGAGCAGGAACCAAGCAUAAUUUUCACUUUUUAUACGCAAAAUAUCGUUUAUUAUCAAUUAACAUCAUGAGUCAACAACAGUACCAUUGGGAAGCUUUGAGGAAGCAACGUGUUAUAGACAGAAGACUUGCAGCUAUGAAGAAAAUGACAGAUGAGGAGAGGCAGAUGGAGGAAUUAAGCACAGAGGGCAUGGCCAGAGAUGAGCUUCAGAGCCGACAGAUGGAUCAUGCAAAGAGACGUGAGCUAGCUGAACAGAUCCAACACAGAGACAGACGAGGAAUCCGCAACUCAUACAAAGAAAGAGAACAAACGAUUCAGAAGCUGGUGAGUGAGAGAACUUGGCAUGACAACCUAAUCGCUAAGAUGGACCAAUCAGAGAAGGAUGAUCUGCUUAAGGAUCUCCUCAGAGACCACGCCCAGAAGUCAAAGACCUUAAGGGAUCGUGGCGUGUAUCGAGGAGAUGCUAAGUUCUUCAUCGAUCCACAAUAUAAUUGAUUUAGCUAAUUUCCGGCAUGGAUCUUACUUGCUAGAAAGUUCCAUUUACUGUAGUCUAUGUCUGUUGUUGAACCUCUUGUCCUCUUGCAUCUAGAUCUGCUCCUAAUUUAUUAUGAACAAUACAAAAUCUACCAUUUGGUUCCUAGCUCCAGGGCUUUUUGACAGAAAGAUGUAAUUACAAGCAAUUUGAAAGCCAUGUUUUGUUGUUUGCAUUUCAUAGGUCUUGAUCACAAAAUUUAUUUAUGCAAAAUGUCCCAAUUAAAUCACUACCAAAUAAAGUACUUGUACUACAAAGCAUACGCUGUAUAUCAUAUUGAAUGUAUUUUUGUUAGUGAAAAUUACAUGAAAUGUAUAUAUUCGAUCUAUAUAAGCGAGAUGCUCGAGAAGAAAAAAUUUAAAUAAAACGUGACUUCUGAAGAUUUGUUAUCAUCUCCUGUAUACAUAGAGAUUUUAAACUGUGAUUGGUAUUCUUAUUCUUUUUCUUUUUAAAAAUGUUUAGUAGUAUGAGUGUACUGAGUGUACUGCUUUUAAAACUGGUGAUGUAAUGUUACAUGCUUUAAUAUCUUGAUAGAAAAGAUUAGGCAAAAUAUAUUGAUUGCAGUCUUUUAGAAGAUGUACUGACUGUUUUUACCAUUUAAAAGUAUGACACUUCUAUUCUCUAUUUCUCUCUCUCUCUCUUCCUCAUUCUUUACUGUAACUCUUCUUUAGCUACACAAUGGACAAUAGACAUAAUAUAUAUGAAUGCAUUUAUUGUAAUAUCUUCUGUUGAGUGCCAGAAGGGCAUUCUGCAAACCCUAUAAUGACCAUUCAGUAUACAUAUAUAUAUAUAUCAUAUGUUUUUUUUUGGUGUGUUUUAAGCAAAGUAUUUUUGAAGCAUAAUUUAUUUCUUUGCAAGUGUAGUAUCGUUUGUGCUCUAUUACUCUCCGUCCAGUAUUUUUCUUCAGCUGUGUAUGUGAAGAUGCAGUUUAUACUGCAAAAAAAAAUAUAUCUAUGCAAUCUUUACACUUACCAGUAACUUCAAAGUUUUUCAUACUGAAUGCCUAAUGCUGUGUCUAUUGAAUUUGUAUGAAAAAUUUGUUCACUGUAUGAAGUAUUAAAUGAAUGUUGAUCAAUAUAUCGUGAAGCCAAUUUUGAAGAAAAAAUCAUAUUGUUCAUUUGCCCACAUUUUGUCACUUGCAGCUUAAUAUGUUUGCAUCUCAAAAUAAUAUAGAUUUGCUGGCUAUUAUACUAGCUGUGUUAGCAACAGUUUGGUGGGAAUUAAAAUUUGACAUAGAACGUUGGAUGCAUUAAGGGCAUUAUGAUCAUGUACAGUAGAAACACAUAUAUUUUGGUUUUGCAUAUCAUGGCUUGCGACUGAAUCAAGAGCCACAUCUUUCAGACCCCCCCCCCAAAAAAAAAAAAGAAGAGAGAACUGUAUGAAUAUUAAUUGGAGGAAAAAAUACAUGAUAGAAGAUUUAAUAUUGGAUAUUCAAGUUGGAAUAAGGGGUACAUGUAUAUGGAAUAAUCACCUUUUUCUCUAUUAUUAGUGCAUAUAUAGAUGUAUAUUUUCAAUCAUUCAAAGUAACAGUGGAAAUUGUUUGGGGAAGAUUUAAUUAAGAAAAUCAACAAAAUGUUUGUUUCCAACUCUCAGAAAGAGAAUGUAAGUUAAUAAAUAUCAUGUUGCAAUGAA